GAAACCACUUCUUGUAACCAUUUAGAAGUUGAAGAUGAGGAUGAGGCAUCACUCUUUUAUACAAAUUCUACAUGCCUAGCAGUUCAGGUUCUCCAGGUCUAUGACAAGAAAACUGUUGGACUACAAGCCUUUGCACGAAUAGCUCCUGCUUGUCCUGCAAUAGCUGAUUUGAUCACUGUUCACAACCUCUGUGAUGCACUUACAAUCUCAUCAAGUGGCCAGCUCCAUUUUCUCAUCUAUGACAAGUACCUCAAAAGCCUAGACAAGAGUUGAGCAUGGCUGUAUGUGGUUUUGGGAAAUCUAAAAGCCUUUUGACCACGAGAGUCUGGAAUAGUUGAUAUCAAGAUCUUGGCCAAGGUCCUGUUGCAGAAGUAAAUUUUGCCCAUGAACGCAAUCAUGUCUUGAGUCACUCUUGACAUCUUUUGUAUAUGGCAACUGGCAAGUGUUUUGGAUAUCCUUCACUUUUCUUUUUCUUUUUCUAUAUCUUCCUGGAUAUUCUGUUUAGAAAUCUUUGCACACAUGAUGUCUCGACACCAGAUGUGUCUGAUAUCUCCACAUGGGGCAGGAAGGGCUGAAGAAGAGAGGUGGUUGAUGGAUGAAAAAGUUGGAGGGACUAAGAGGUUGUGAUCCCUCAAUAUUGAGAAUUUUGGAAUAGUGGAAAUGAACUCUCUAGAGGGAUUCUGGUAUCUAGGAUCUUGGAAAAAUAUAGUGCUUGGAGUAUCAAUGGCCUCCUAGAUCCCUUCGACCUCUCUCAUUCUUAGCCUUAUCCAACUCUGCAACUUGCAGUAGUCCAGCAUACAUCAUGGGGAGCUGGUGCCUCAUGGGUUUCUAAUGAUUACUUUAAGAAAAAAGAAAUCACAAGAACUGAUGCCAUAAAAGUUACUACUUUAUGAAGAUUCAUUCAGUUAUUGUGCGCAUUACCAUUCUUAUCCAAUAUUCGAGAUUUUGUUUUUAUAAGUAAGUGUGCACAUACCAGUUAUAAGGAGCAUAAUUUGGCUUGUGAUUGGUCCUUUCAGCACCUUUUUUCCCUGAACUUCUGGCAAAGGCAUGGGAACAC